GCCCGUGAACAUGUCCCCACAGAGGCCUCCGGUGAACGGGCUGGGUCUCACGAGGACACGAGCCACAUUGGAUUCUCAAUAAAUGUGUGACUGGGUUAAUUUGAGCUGGGUUUCUAUGGCAACGCUUUUCAGCAGCUGAUAGUGACAGUGCUCCCACCACCAGAAGACAUGUUAUAACAGUUAUACAGCCCAAUACAAAAAAUCACUUGCGGUGUCAACCCAAAAGGAUGAUUUACUUUUUAUUAGGCGGGUAUUACAUGAUAAAUGGUUUGUUAGUUCUGGUUAUGUAAAUAACAAACAAACGGUCUGCACUGUAUUCCAAGAUCCAACCAAUUUUAAUUUGCGCACCGUUUCAAUCUAACGGAAAUAUUUGAUCCUACAUUUGCCAUUUAUUAUCAAAUCACCUGCGGGCAGAACACGCAAUAGACAGUCAUGUGUCUGCAGGAUGGAGUCGAUCUAAUCGGCCCAUUAACAGCAGAGCAGACACUGCAUGAUACCCAAGAUCAGGGGUCCCCAAACUUUUUCCUAAGAGGGCCACAUAGCGUUUGCCUUGUCUCUGAUCGCUCUUUUAAUGAAGUAUCGAUACGAACAAUAUGCUAAAUCACCUCGUUUUUAACGUACGGUACUUUGUUAGCAUCGCUACACCGUGCAGCGUGACAGCAGCAGAUGUAGCGGACUAACAUUCAAGCUAACCUAACUUCCCAAACGCUGUGGACAUCUGAACGCUGAUUGGCCGAGAUGCGACACGUCCCAUCAAAGAUGUUCUAUUGCGAAGAAGAGCACCACUCCACAUUUUCUCCGCGUCUCACUGCAAUCUCAACGGCAGCGGGCCAGGUGAACACAAUAAUAACUCGGAACGCGUCUCUGGUAUUGUUCAGGGGGCCGGUCCAAAUGGGGAGGCGGGCCGUAGUUUGGGGACCACUGCCCAAGAUCAAUAUCAUAAAUCACAAAUCAUCCAGGGAAAAACUAUUAUCCUGUAAACUACUAUAUAAAAACAUAAAGAAAGAAGAAGAGAAACAUAGUAAAUAGCAAUAUAUUGCUAUCCUUGCGCGGGAAGAACACGUGACAAUAGCUCCUCUCCAUAUCCUUGUGUGCCACACACAAAGCAUGUCAUGUUCUUCUCAUUCGCACUGGAGGGAAGAGAAGGAAAGAUGUUUCGAGCAGACUUUGUCAUUCUCGUUGUAGUCUACCUAUUUGUUAUUACGGAUUCACAGUCUAUUCCAUUUAGUUAAAAACCCUUUUUUUAAAUGUAUUAGGCUGUAUUUUAGAAGCCACAACAUUCUCUUAAUGGAUGCAUUAAAAAAACUAAUUAGAGUCUAAAUUGAAACCUAACUAGAUUAUACACGAAGAAGUGUUGCAUACAAACACGAACCAGAGGGACUCGUCCAUCACCGCAUGUCAUUCUGUGUUCGGGAGUCGGGCUGAAGGCGGAGAGGAGCCGCUCCGGCAGCUGGCCGCUCCGGGCUCCUCCGCCGCAUUCCAGCCGGCUGAUGUCAUGGCUGUGAACCCCCUGUAUUCCUCCGCCACGGAGGCACUAUACCGCGCCGUGUGGCGGAGGCAUCCACCCCGCAGAAGUGCAGCAAACAACAUGCUUGUUUCAUUGCAUUAAUUCAAAGGCCGGAGUACAGUCUGAUAUCAACCGGUGGUGUGUUACUUGCUGAAACGCAGUCAUUGCUCGAGCUAUAGAGCCGCGGAAGUAGACGGAAUAAGCGCGUUGCUCUUCCCAGGAAACACGCUCUGAACGCGGCGUGGGAUCAGAGGCCGGGCUGAGUGGGACCGGAGGCCGGGCAGAGUGGGACCGGAGGCCGGGCAGAGUGGGACCGGAGGCCGGGCAGAGUGGGACCGGAGGCCGGGCAGAGUGGGACCGGAGGCCGGGCAGAGUGGGACCCUCCAACAAGCUCCUGACCCGUCUCCACUCUGAGAGCCGCGGGAUGGAAACCUGUUGAGCUCGAUGCCGGAACCCCCAGGACGGACUCAUAGUUGGACUACACAUUUAUAUCUGAUGGCUCACGGUCUGCCCGUGGAGGAUGAGCCUCGUGGCCUGUGAAGCUCACUCGGCAUCGAGGGGACAGCGAGGAGAACCCGUCUCCGGAGUGAAUCCCUCCUGAAGAAGAAGGGUGAAACAUGCCCUUGCCAUUUGGCUUAAAACUCAAAAGGACUCGACGGUACACCGUGUCAAGCAAGAGCUGCCUGGUGACCCGCAUCCAGCUGCUCAAUGGAGAGUUCGUGGAGUUCACCCUGUCGGUGGAGAGCACCGGGCAGGAGUGUCUGGAGGCGGUGGCUCAGAGACUCGAGUUGAGAGAGAUUACCUUCUUCAGCCUGUGGUACUUCAACAAGCAGAACCAGCAGAGAUGGAUCGACUUGGAGAAGCCGCUGAAAAAGCAGCUGGACAAGUACGGGCUGGAGCCCACCGUCUACUUGGGAGUGGUGUUCUACAUCCCCGAGGUCGGCCAGCUGCAGCAGGAGAUCACAAGGUAUCAGUAUUACCUGCAGCUCAAGAAGGAUGUUCUGGAGGGCAGGAUCUCGUGCUCACUAGAACAAGCUAUUCGCUUAGCUAGCCUGGCAGUGCAAGCUGACUUUGGAGACUUCAACCGAUAUGAUUCCCAGGAUUUCCUCCAGAAGUUUGCGUUGUUCCCUAUUGACUGGAUCCAGGAUGAGCGGGUGCUGGAAGAGGCCACUCAGAAAGUGGCUCUUCAUUACCAGUCCUUCAGGGGUUUAUCAGCCCCAGAGGCAGAGAUGCUGUACAUGCAGGAGGUGGAGAAAAUGGAAGGCUAUGGCCAGGAAAGCUAUCAAGCCAAGGACAGCACCGGUGCAGAUGUUUCCAUGGGAUCCUGCCUCGACGGCAUCUUUGUGAAGCAUAAGAAUGGCAGGCCGCUUUCAUUUCAGUGGGAUGAAAUCAACAACAUGAGUCACAACAGGUCCUUCUUUGUCCUGGAGCUGGCCAACCGAGAGGAGAGCGUCCAGUUCCAGACCGAAGACAUGGAAACCUCCAAGUAUGUGUGCCGGAUGUGUCUGGCCCGACUCAAGUUCUAUAAGGUUAACAAGAGCAGCCUAGAGGAGUGUGACCCCUCGCCUUCUGAGGGCUCCCAGAAGUCCCUUCUCUCUCUAUCCUUUCCUCGCUUUACAAUGCUCUCUCGUCCCUCUCUGCCUUCCAAUAAGGGCCAAACCCAGCCGACAGUCGUUAACCCCGUCAGGCGGAGGUCGUCUACGAGGAUUUCUCUGCCAAAGCCUCCGGCCUACAUGAUGCCGCCGGCGCCGCCGAUGCCCUACGGUCACUUCACGGAGCCGUACACGUCGUCACAAGACAACCUGUAUGUGAACAGUCAGAGCGGCUAUUACUACCAUUCCCAGACGAGCCUGGACUGCUGCCCGCUGGAGGACGGCAGCGGGGGCCGGUUCCGGACCGGCAGCGUCUACAGCGCCCACAGCACCAGCUCCCUCACCAACCCGCAGCACUACCACCAGUCCUCGCCCAUGUCCUCCAACCCCUCCAUCUCCAGCGACUACGUCCCCUCUCAUCGCCACAGCGCGCUCAUCCCGCCUUCUUACCGCGCCACGCCCGAUUAUGAGACGGUGAUGCGUCACAAGACCCGGGGAGCGGGGGGGGGAGGCAUGCUGCUGUCCCAAGAGCACCGGCAGAGCCACUCCAUGAGGAACCUGAACAUUGGAAACUCCUACGCCUACCGCAGGCCGGACCACCUGGUGUACAGCCAGCCAGAGAUCCGAGGGGAGCGCGGCGGAGCGGCCCAGCACCAUCACUACCCCUUCCACCCGGGCUCCAGCUUCCACAGCCCGUCUCCGUACCCCCACCCCGCCGACCGGAGGCCCGUGGUGGGGGCCGUGAGCGUCCCGGAGCUGACCAAUGUCCAGCUCCAGCAGGCCCAGGAGUACCCCGCCCCGAACAUCAUGAGGACUCAAGUGUACCGGCCGCCGCCGCCCUACGCCCACCCUCGGCCCGCCAACAGCACGCCGGACCUGUCGCGCCACCUGUACGUCAGCAGCAGCAACCCGGACCUGAUCGUCACGAGGCGCGUGCACCACUCGGUCCAGACCUUCCAGGAGGACAGCCUGCCCGUCGCCCACUCUUUACAAGAGGUGUCGGAGCCUCUGUUCACCGGACCCCCGCAGAGACCCCCGUACGGCGCUCACAAGCGGAACUCCAUUGAGAUUGCUGGGUUAGCGCACAGUCUGGAGGGGAUGAGGGUCAAAGAGCGCACCCUGUCUUCUUCUGCGGCUGAAGAGGCCACGCCCCCGCCGGCCCAGGGAUCUCAACUCAACGUGUUUUUGGAACGUACCAAGACGGGGGACAGGGUUCAGGAGGACGUGCAGUAUGGACACAAGAAGUCCCUUUCAGACGCCACCAUGCUGGUUCACAGCAGUGGGGAGGAAGAGGCGUUUGAGGAAGAUACCGGACGUCACCUUCCACUUCCUCAGGAUGCGGCGGCUCCUGACCGGCAGCUGGCCUCUCUCUCUCCUCAGCAGCAGACUCCCAUCGAGCCGCCGCCCGCCUAUCCCAUCGGCUCCUCCCUGGACCCCUCCCCCGCCACCGCCUUGACGUACAAGGUUCACCCCCUGAUUCAGGAGAGCGAGCCGCCGUACUCGCUCUCGGAUCUCCGGCCGCCCCGGAUCGUGCCGUCGGUGUCGGAGGGAGACCUGAGUGGCAAGCAGAAGAAUAAAAAAGACUUGAAGAAGAGGCCCGUGUCUGAUGUGCCUCCUGCCAAGAAAACCGUGGAAGGCUUGCCCCCUGCGGGUAUGAAGAAAGGAGCGAGGUCGGAGGUCAAGAAGAUGGGCCCUCUGAAGGUGGCACACCUCAACGGACUGUCAUUCUCCAGGCAGCCAAUGAGCGACGCGGUCCAGGCCGAGCCGGAGCGAGCCUCUAAUGACGAGAGGUGUAAAGCUCUGGAGCAGCACAUGGAGCGGGGCGAGCUGCUGAAGGAGUACGAGAGCAUCCCCAAGCGCCGGCCGGCGGGCGACUGCUCCACCGCCCAGCUGCCGGAGAGCGGAGACAAGAACCGCUUCCAGGACGUGCUUCCUUACGACGACACGCGGGUGGAGCUGGUUCCCACCAAGGAGAACAACACGGGCUACAUCAACGCGUCGCACGUGAGGGUCACCGUCGGCGGCCGGGAGUGGAGCUACAUCGCCGCACAGGGCCCGCUGUCCAACACAUGCCAAGACUUCUGGCAGAUGGUGUGGGAGCAGAGCGUCUCCAUCAUCGCCAUGGUUACUGCCGAAGAGGAGAGCGGCAGAGAGAAGAGCUUCCGGUACUGGCCCCGACUCGGCUCGCGACACAACACGGUGACGUACGGGCGCUUCAAGAUCACCACGCGGUUCCGCACGGAGUCCGGCUGCUACGCCACCACCGGGCUGAAGAUCAAGCACCUCCUGACGGGCCAGGAGAGGACCGUCUGGCACCUGCAGUACAUCGACUGGCCGGACCACGGCUGCCCCGAGGACCUGAAGGGCUUCCUGACUUACCUUGAGGAGAUCCAGUCGGUGAGGAGACACACGAACGGCAGCAGUGACCCGAAGAACACCAACCUGCCGGUUCUGGUCCACUGCAGUGCCGGAGUGGGACGGACCGGCGUGGUGGUCCUGUCUGAGAUCAUGAUCGCCUGUCUGGAGCACAAUGAGACGCUGGAUGUCCCAAAAUACCUGUUGAACCUGCGCCGUCAGAGAAUGAUAAUGGUCCAGACCUUGUCUCAGUACACCUUCAUCUACAAGGUCAUCAUCCAGUACCUCCGCAACUCCAGGCUCAUCUGAGCCCAGCGGCCGCGUCGGGAUGCAGCUGUGAAGGCGGUCGGGACCUGGCGGACUGAAGGAACGAUGUGAAACUAAGAACACAUGAAGGAGCAUACAGACUUAUGACCUGCCUCGAAACAGUAUUAUAUAUUUUAUUUUUACAUACAUUAUUGCUUAAUAAAGCCCAGCACUUUCAAAGUACUUUGCUGUGCAUAAUGAACCAAUGUUAUGCUGCAUUUUUUUAAACUAUCUUAUUAUAGAAAUGUAUCAAAUAGCUUUUUUCCUCUUAAUAAAUAUGUUUUUUUGAAUGCAGUUUGGUAACUUGGUUCUGAUGACGGCUGUUUGGAGUGAUGAAGAGUGGAAGUGUUCGGACCUUCAUGGAGGACAUCGGUCAGCAGAGCUCUGAGCACGCUUUAUGUUCAGGAAGCACAACCCCUGCAGCAGCACACGCUAACGACAUGUAUGUUCUGAAGUCUUUGCUAAACACUGGAUUCAUGCACAGCUUUCGGAAAUCUAUAGUUGAACGAAGAGAAAUGCUGACGGCAGAUGAUCCGAGUCAAACUGGAGUUUUUAUACUCGUAUUUUUCAUCCCUUUUUUAAAUCAUGAGAACUGCUGUAAUUGAUCAAAAUCUAUAUAUGUAAGAUAUUUGGUCAAAGUGCCGAUAUGAUCGACCGCGUCGAAAGGACCGACGUGAUGUUUAUCCAUGAGAAACAUCCCCAAGAAGGAAAAGGAUCAGACGGGAUCCUCGGGUUCAGACGGCUGGGCUGGCGUCCUGCAGCACGGGAUGCCACGGGACGCCACAUGGCGCCAUGCGACGGCAUGGAGCUGUGGUCGGACACUUGUUUUCCCUCCAGUGAGGAGAGUCCAUGUGCCACACUUCCUGUUGUUGCACACACAGGAAUGCUGAGCAUCGGGGAACACCUCCACGUCCCCGCUGCAGCUCAAGGGAACAUUCAGUUGUGACGUUCCCCUGAACAGAAACGAGGCUGAAGGCGCGGAGAAGUUUACAUGAAGUAAAUAUAUUGAUCAGUUCAUUUGAAGUAUUUUGCCUAUAUUAUCAAUUCAAGGCAGCAACUUAACUUAAAGCGGCCAAAGUGAAGCCAAAGGCGUGGGCCGCGAUCCGACUUCCCCUCAGGCUGUGUGUGUUUCAGGCAGUGUGUCUUAGCGUGGAGCCGUGGGUGUGGCCACGGUGUAACCGUUGUGUCCAUGUACAGGUGUGUUUAUAAUGUACACAAUGUAAAAGUCUUAUGAAUAUUGGAUAAUGUACAAACUAUAAUCUAUUGAACAAAAAAUGAUGCCAUUGUGGAGAAGUGUCUAAUCUUUUAAGCAAAUAAAAAUGUGAAAUAUAUAA